UGUCCUUCGGAUAGUACAGCAGUGAUUUCCUAUAAACUAUACGUUAAAAAGCAGCAAUGCGUGUGAUCAUCGCAGUUUUAAUGUUCGCCGUGGCUCUGUGCAUCCUGGAGACCGCCGAAGCGAACUACAGGAAGCCGCCAUUCAAUGGAUCCAUAUUUGGAAAGAGAGGCAAUGUCGAAUACGACUCUGCAGGCAGAGCUCUAUCAGCUCUGUGUGAAAUUGCCGCAGAAACUUGCCAAGCCUGGUACCAGGCCUUGGAAAAUAAGUGAAUUGUAUUUAUUUCAAAUGCAAGUAAAAUGUAUCUUAACAAUAUCUUAUAUCAGAAAUCAGAAUGUAUAACGGAAUGUAUGUCGAAAUGUAUACAGAAAAAUUUAUGAAAUAAAAUUAAUUAAUGGAAUAAAUAUCAUGUCUAUGA